GUGGGAGUACAUGCUGCAUACCGAAUUUCGUUCGUGCAUUUGCAUUUUCAUUGCUGUCUGUGCUCUGGCAUGGGAAUGGUAGCGUUGCCCUUCGCUUUGCUUACAGCGGUUGUUUCUGGCCUGUCGCAAACUCCACAAUCGCUUCCAUUGGCCAUCGAGUUAAACGCAGCCAGAAGCUACGAUUCCUUUUACGAGGCAGCCGCGGAGGGGGGCAUGCCAAGAGAGGAUGCCGAGAGGUUGUUGGCCGGCAUAUUGAAGGCCAGCGAGCAGAAGGGCAUGUUUUUAGUGACCGUGCUGGACGGCGGCAUGUUGAGCAUGGGCGAGAACAUGAUUCUUAGCUUGAAUGCCGUGCCGUGCGAUACCCCUCUUCUUGUUGUCGGCCUAGGCGGCAACGUCUGCUCGAGUUUUCUUGAUUUCGGUGGAACGGCGGAUAUGCGUCGAGGUCUUCAGGACGUCAGCCGCUUCUGA